CGCAGCGCGGCGCUGCGACAUGUGCGCCAACUACGAGAAGCAGCUGGUGGCCGAGCAGGCCGCCGCCGACGCCGCGCGCGACCGCGCCCACAAGCGAGACACCGCGCUCAAGCUGGCAACCGAGGAGCUAGAAGGCGUGCGCUCGCUACACGAUGAAACAGUACGAGCGUGGCACGCCGAGCGCGCCGCGGCCGCGUCCACGCUGCAAGCGCUGCAGGCCGCUGUGGGCGAGGCGCAGGCCACGCUGCUGGAGCGCGCUGCCAGCGCUCGCGACGCCGAAAGCCGCGCGCUACACGCCGUCACCACGCUCACGGUACACCGCGAGACGCUGCAGAAGAAGCUGGACAGUUUAGAAAGGGACAACGCGUACCUCAUCGGCCAGUACACGAAGAAAGCGGCGGAAUUACAGAACGAAUUUAUAGAUCUCCCGGAUAACGUCGAGGAACUACAAGAGCUGGCACUGCGCUUGCGCGAGCAGAUGAUUGUUUGCGCGGUCGGGCGCGAGGAGGCCGCGCGCGCCGAGCACGAGCUGCGCGCGCAGUUGUUAGAGCACACGCGCCUGCUGCACCAGCACGACGCCGCGCUGGCCGCCGCGCGCGCCGAGCACAGCGACGCCAGGUGGGAGCACACAGUCACAGGAGCCACAGGAGCCGAGCACGAGCUGCUGGAGCACACGCGCCUGCUGCACCAGCACGACGCCGCGCUGGCCGCCGCGCGCGCCGAGCACAGCGACGCCAGGUGGGAGCACACAGUCACAGGAGCCACAGGAGCCGAGCACGAGCUGCUGGAGCACACGCGCCUGCUGCACCAGCACGACGCCGCGCUGGCCGCCGCGCGCGCCGAGCACAGCGACGCCAGGUGGGAGCACACAGUCACAGGAGCCACAGGAGCCGAGCACGAGCUGCUGGAGCACACGCGCCUGCUGCACCAGCACGACGCCGCGCUGGCCGCCGCGCGCGCCGAGCACAGCGACGCCAGGUGGGAGCACACAGUCACAGGAGCCACAGGAGCCGAGCACGAGCUGCUGGAGCACACGCGCCUGCUGCACCAGCACGACGCCGCGCUGGCCGCCGCGCGCGCCGAGCACAGCGACGCCAGGUGGGAGCACACAGUCACAGGAGCCACAGGAGCCGAGCACGAGCUGCUGGAGCACACGCGCCUGCUGCACCAGCACGACGCCGCGCUGGCCGCCGCGCGCGCCGAGCACAGCGACGCCAGGUGGGAGCACACAGUCACAGGAGCCACAGGAGCCGAGCACGAGCUGCUGGAGCACACGCGCCUGCUGCACCAGCACGACGCCGCGCUGGCCGCCGCGCGCGCCGAGCACAGCGACGCCAGGUGGGACAUCCUAGCCUGGCUCCCGUGGGGAGUCCGCACUCGUAGGACCCACGCACCGAUCACCCGGCAGGAUUCCGAGCGAAUCUUGCUAUGUUUUUUGUUAUUUUCAACCGACUUCAAAAAAAGGAGGAGGAAGGAACUGGAGCAGCUGCAGACGGAGCGAGGUCAGCUGUCGGAGCUCGGGGACAAACUGCGGGCCGCCAACGAUCUCACGGAACAGCUGCUCGAUGACAAGCGGCGGCUGGCGGCGGAGGCGGCUGAGCUUCGCGGGCGCGUGGGCGCGCUGCAGCAGGAGCUCGACAACAGCGAGAAGGUGCAGCAGGACUUCGUGCGCCUCUCGCAGUCGCUGCAGGUGCAGCUACAGCGCAUCCGCGAGGCGGACACGGAGGUGCGCUGGCAGCACGACGAUGACGUCAGCGAGUGCCCCGCCUGCCGCGCGCCGCUGCCCAACAACAAGAAGAAGGUGCACUGCCGGCACUGCGGACGCAUCUUCUGCGCGGCGUGCGCGUCCCACCAGGUGCCCGCCGGCCCGCGCCGCACGCCCGCGCGCGUCUGCAGCGUGUGCCGCACGCUGCUGCAGCCACACACCGCGCCCUACUUCAGCACUGAGCCGCCGCACUCGCCCGCCUAA